AAAGAGAAGAAGAAGAGCUACCAGAACUCCGGCAUGCUGCACUGCACCACGUGUGACUUGCAAAUAGAGAACACAUUUGUGGACUAUGUCCGAGGUGGUAUGGAGAUAGGUCUGAUGAUAGGAGUGGACUUCACAGCCUCCAAUGGCCCAAUAGAAGCGCACGAUAGUCUGCACCACACGUCUGACCAAGACGAUCGGCCCAACGAUGUAGGUGGCAAUGUUGAACAUUGA